AUGGACAAACUCAGCACCAAAGAAUUAUGGCAACUGAAGCACAACUUCUCAUCAGCCAGAGAAUCGUCCGAAGAGCACUUCUUCCGGUGCUGGAACCACCAGGACUGCAAGACGUCCGCCUGUGUCCCUAAUUCGUACGCGAUUCCGUUACUGGCACCCGCCUACGACGAGAACAUUUGUCCGCACUGGGCGGAACGAUGGGAGUUGCGCACCAAGCCGUUGGGCUGCCAGGUUUCGACUAUUACGAGUCUGACGUCCAUCAUCUCCAUAGUGUCGACGUUCAUCGUGGUCUUGUUGGUGGCCUUGAUCGUGCUCGGCGUCCGCUGGGGGAGACGAAGGAGUAAGCAGGACCCGGACUGGUGGCGGGUGUGGAAGCGUGACUGGAGCCGAGUACAAUUUUGGAAACGACCGCAAGGACAGGACGGCGAACGCGACCCGUUACUGGGUCAAGCGCAAAGCACGCGAGAUAGCACGUAG